AUGACCCUAAGCUCUGAGAUGUCCGAGGCGUCGAUGCUGGCUGAGGAGACGGACAUCGAUGUGGUAGGCGAGGAGGACGACGAGGAGGACAACGAGGAGCCGCAGCCCUGCCGCUCCUCCUACGCCGAGGACGAGGAGGAAGAAGACGAGGAGGAUGUGGGCGACCUCCACGACGACACUCUGCUACUGCGGUCGCCCGUGCGCAGCGGGGCGGGCGGCAGGGAUGGGCCCGGCGGCUCGCGGCCCCCCUCGCGAGGCGGCCUGCAGAAGGCGGGGGCAGCGGGUGGCGGCAGGGCACGCGGCGGCGGCAAGAACAGCCUGGUGAAGCCGCCCUACUCUUACAUUGCCCUGAUCACCAUGGCCAUCCUGCAGAGCCCCAAGAAGCGGCUGACGCUGAGCGAGAUCUGCGAGUUCAUCAGCGGGCGCUUCCCCUACUACAGGGAGAAGUUCCCCGCCUGGCAGAACAGCAUCCGCCACAACCUCUCCCUCAACGACUGCUUCGUCAAGAUCCCCCGGGAGCCAGGCAACCCGGGUAAGGGCAACUACUGGAUGCUGGACCCCGAGUCCGCCGACAUGUUCGACAACGGGAGUUUCCUGCGCCGCCGAAAGCGCUUCACGCGGCAGCAGCUCCCGUCGCCCGAGUUGCUGCUGCGCGCCGUGGACCACACCUCUUUCCUCCCGCAGCCCCCGCCCCAGCCCCCACAGAAGCGGCCCUGCGCCUACGGACCCUACGGCUGUGGCUAUGGCCUCCAGCUCCAGCCCUAGCCCUACCAUCCCCACUCCACCCUCUUCGCCUUCCACCACUCCUCUCCGCCAGCCCGCCAGCCCCCCGCCGCCCCAGGCAGCGUCCCUGAAUCGGCGCUGCCCCCCGCCGCUGCGCCGCCGGCGGAGCUGGCACGGACGCCCUUCGGCUACGCGCAUCCGCUGGGCCCGGCGCUGGCGGCCCCACUGCACGCUCCGCCCUUCUCCAUCGAGAGCAUCAUCGAGGGGGGGCGCCCCGGCGUGGGCAGCAGCUGCGCCUUGCAGUUGGCCGCGGCGCCGGGCCUGGACCGCUCGCUGGGGAGCGCAGGCAGCGGCUUGCCCACUGCCCUGCCCGCCGUCCCCGGCUUGGCGGCUCGGAUCUUUAAUAGUUAA